AUGGUCGCCAUUUCCGUGCUCUCACCAUCACCCAGGGUUGAGAAGCUUGACUCCACCACGCCCGACGACCUCCUGGCAUUUGGCAAGGCCUUUUGCGCCCAGGCGAGCCGCACCGUGGACAAGCUGCAGCACGCCGGCGACCUGUGGCUGCUCAGCGCUGACGACGCGUCCACGCUGAUGGACGCCGUUAUGGAGUCCUUCAGGAUUCAGGACCAGAACGUGCACCACCGUCUGUAUGUCUGCUCCGCCGCCCAGCCCGCCCGCAUGAUCCGCAGCCCCAGCCAGAAGACCACCGUGGUCAAUGUGACCCCCGGCAGCGCGCGCCUUGACGCCACCGGCCUCAAGGUGACCCACGUGGUCAGCCAGUCAGACGUGGUCAAGCUGCUCUAUGACAGCCGCGCCUGCCUCGGCGGCGCCCUGUCCUCCACGGUUGAGGAGCUGGAGCUGGACGUGGGCGCCGCUCUGACUGUGCAGGCGUCCACCCCUGCGCUGGUGGCGUUUGGCUUCAUGGCGCGCGACCACACGAGCAGCCUGGGCCUGGUCGAGGACGGCAGGCUGGUGGGCAGCCUCUCGGCCUCGGACCUGAGGGGCCUGGCCGCCGAGGACUUCCCCCUGCUGCUGCUCCCAGCCGCCGUGUUCGCGGCCAAGCGUGCCCUCGGCCCCGCCGUCGCCGUAUCGCUCAUCAGCACCCUCGAGGAGGUGCUGGCCGCGCUGGUGGGCCACGCGAUUCACCGCGUAUACGUGACUAAUGCGAAGGGCGCCCCCGUGUCCAUCAUCACCCUGACCGAUGUCCUGCGCCUCGUCACCAAGGCGUGA